GCGCUGCCUCCGCCCUCCACCUGUCAUCCAGGAGAAACUCUUCCAGUCUCUUCCGCCCCCUCGACCGCCUGAUCCCCAUCAUGGCCGUGACCAACCAACCGAGAAGCUACUCGCCAUCCGAAUUCCAGACCGGCCUGUGCGACUUCUGCGACGACUGUGGAACCUGUUGCUACGGCCUGUUCUGCUACCCAUGUCUCGGCUGCUCCAUCGCCAGCGACAUGGACGAGUGCUGCCUGUGCGGGCUGAGCGUGCCCAUCCGCAGCGUCUACAGGACCAAGUACAACAUCAACGGGUCGCUGUGCAAUGACUUCAUGGCCGUCAUGUGCUGCCCGGUCUGCACCACCUGCCAGCUGAAGAGAGAUAUCGACCGCAGGAAGGAGCAAGGCAUCUUCUGA